AAACUAAAACCACUGAUGAUAGAUUUAAUCCAUAACCGGAAACUUUACCACACAAUUAGCAAAAGGUCAGUCAAAAGAGACAAGAACAUUUGCGUUCUUCCUCAUAGCCAUUAUAUUCGUAAGAGACUGAAAAUAUACUGAAAUAGAAGCUUAAGGCAAGGUCUUCAUGCGACAUCUCCGACUCGACGCCUCCAAGACUUAUGGUAAAGGCGUGGGAGAUAUAAAUAUGAUGUAUGGUCGUCUUGAUUGUAUGUAGCCAUUGAUUAGUAAACAGAGUAUCGUCAGCAAGGCUUGAAAACCGAGGACAAAAUCAACUGAAGAAUUGAAGACACAAGUUCACACCGCGAAAAAAACAACUUUAUUCACCGACAAGAAAAGGACAUUACUAUGAAUAAUUCAAGUGUCUCAUCGAACUGUGUUAAUGGAAGUUGUAAAGUUGGUUCGGGGAACGUAGAGCAACCUUUCAAGGAACCGACCGAACUGCAAGUAUUUAGUCUUAUUCUUUUAGGUCUUGUCAUCUUGACUUCAUUACUCGGGAAUAUCUUAGUCAUUAAAGCUUUACUUGAAAUGAUCCGAAAGCCUUUUGUAUAUUGUCUAGUGACAAACCUUGCUGUGAGCGAACUUAUCAAUACAAUCUGUAUACCGUUUGCGGUCUCCUACUUAGAAAUGGGUACAUGGGUCUACGGAGACUUUCUCUGCAAGAUUAUGAUUCCUAUGCAAGUGACAUCAGCUACUGUGGUUACUACAACUAUCGCCAUGAUUUCUAUUCGACGAUUUCAACUAGUAACAAGCAGAGGGAUGAACUUUCCGUCCAGUAGAAAAGGGAUGUGGCUAGUCAUACUCGGCAUCUGGAUGUUUGGGAUAGCUACUAGUCUCCCUUUGUUUAUUUUCCAUCAAGUAGUGCGUGUGUCAGGGCCGGCUAGCACAGAUUAUGAGAGUUUAAGUUUCUGUGUAGAGCGCUAUCCGUCAGACUCCCCCUACGAAUGGCCUUCAAAGACAAGCUCCAGAUACAGUAUUGCUAGAAUCUUCCUGUGCUUUGUCGCGCCUGUUUUAAUCAUGAUCAUAUCCUAUGGAGCUGUCACUGUCAACAUUAAAAAACAUAUCAGACACAUAGCCAAGAGUGCUCGAGGAAGGGUGGAUUCGAUGCAGUCAAAUACAAGGGCAACAGACUGCAACAUUGAUAUCAGAGCAUCAUCUCCACCUUAUCCACAAAUGGUACCUCUACGAGACAUUGCUACGAGGUCUCAAGAGGAUAAGACUAGCUCACCCGCCAGAACAGAAAUGAAGGCGCUACUCGAUCAAGAAAGCGAUCUGAUAAGAAUGUUCUACAUCAUAAUAUUCAUAUUCAUUGUUUUCUAUCUGCCUUUUCAAAUAUUUUACCUUCUACAUCUACUUCGGCUGGUAGAGGAGGGAAAAUAUGGCUUUUUUAUUCGAAAAUACUUGUUACUGCUAACGUGUUUUCCGAGUGCUCUUCAUCCCCUUUGCUAUGGAACGAAGAGUCGAUUCUACGCAAAAGCCUUUAAGAAACUUAUCCUCUGUAAACGCUAAUUUAUCUUCCCUUAUCUAUUUGAUGGAUAGAAACAAAAAAAUGUAAGAACAAUAAUGAAUACUAAUAUAACGUGAAAAUGUGCGGCUUGCCAUCUGRUUCUUAAGAAAAUAUUCAGACUUUCUUCUGGGAACUUCAAAUGAAAACAUAACAUACAAUAUCUACUCAUUUAUUCUUAAAUGGGAAUAAAAUAGGGCCAACUUAUAAUCCAAACAACAGGGUUUCUGCGAUAUUGUGUGCUUCUUCACUUGGCUCCCUAUUGAUGAAUAUUUACAAUACAUGUCAUGUUCAAUUAUAUGGACCACGAUAUUCCAAUAUUUUUGACUUGAUACUUGAUACUGAUAYUUAUCUGUUUCCAAAAAUAUGGCAUUUGUAAUGUCGUCAUAACAGUCGUCAUAAAAGCGUGCUAUGAACUUUAUUAUUUUUCCCAAAAAGUUAGAAAUCCUUUAAUAUCUCCUUCAGCAAUAAUAAGAAUACCAUUAUGGGAUUCUUUUAAUGUUUUUAACGGAUUUCUUAUUUAGUACUCGCUGGUGAUUAGUUUAAAUGUUAGAAAAUAAUAGGAAAGCCAUUACGAUGUUACGGCAUGAAGUACCGUGUAGUCUACGUACUGUAUGUCACUAUUGUAAGUUCUUCUAGCAUGUAAACCACUUGAGGAACCGGCUUUGUCUGGGGCAAUGAUGGGUAGCCAUUAAAUUUGCCACAGUAGGCGACCAUUUGUUUUUCUCGUACUAAAAAGGCGUUACAUAAUCUGCUGUUGUGAUGAAUUUCCUCUUUAUGCAGUUAGGCUCCGUCCGCAUGCAUUUGUUCUUUAGUAAACGAUUUUUUCAAACUGUAAGUUCAAAUUAUGAAUUAAUUACUAGAACUCUUCAAUGUGAACACUACACAAUAUUAAGACUUGUUUGACGUAAAUAUUUCCCUAGUGCAUGAAAUACUCAAGGGGGGGAAAAAUAUUUUGACGAGCAUGUUUCGAAUAAGAGAAGUUCACAUGUACAAAGCCGAUGAUAAAAGCCGGCAACAUCGAUCUUGUCCCCAGGCAUUUGUACACUUGUUCCGUGAAAAUAUUUGACUCAGUACGAUUAUCUUUAUUUGUAAUAUAUAAAUUUAGGCACUGCCUAAAAGCGGAGCUCCCAAUAGGCACAGGGAGCCCAAUUUAGAUAAAACUAAGAGAUGAAAAUAAAAUCGGGGAAAAAAUGUGAAAGUUUUUUCUUCUUUCAGAUAAUGUCCACCAUAAUAAAAAGUCUGAUCUAAA